AUGGUAGAGCUCGAAGAAGAAUAUGCCACAUAUCGUCGAACGCUUGCGCAUGGUUGGGAGGACGUUAUAAAAGCAAACCAAGGAUUCUCCUCGACACUACUCAAGGUUAUUGAAAACCACGAUCGCAAUAUUUCCUCCAAGACAUUCCCGAGAUCAAUUUUACCGCCAAAGCCUGACUUCCUAAAGGUAGGGUAA